AUGAGGUUUUUGGGUGAAGUGAGAGUAGAAAAUACCGAGUUUUUUACAAGUUCUCAUGUUAAAUUGAAGAUAUGGAUUUUGAGGGCAAUCACUACUCUAUUGCUAUGGACUUGUAUAAUUCAAUUGGUGGCAUUAGGAGAGGUCUGGGGACCCAACUUGUUGAAGAGUUGGCCUUCUUGUUCCAAUCCUCCUGGUGCACACACAGAGGCUAAUGUGUCUUUUCCGCGUCGAAAAGUGCAGCUUCCUCCAAAGAGGGUCUAUAAGAACAAUGGUUAUCUUGUUGUUUCUUGCAAUGGUGGACUCAAUCAAAUGCGAGCAGCUAUAUGUGACAUGGUUGCUAUUGCCAGACAUCUUAACGUUACUCUUAUUGUACCGGAUUUGGAUAAAACUUCAUUUUGGGCUGAUCCGAGCAAUUUCCAGGACAUAUUUGAUGUGGAUCAUUUCAUUUCAUCUUUGAGGGAUGAGGUCCGGAUAUUGAAAGAGCUUCCACCAAGACUUAAACGAAAGGUUGAACUUGGAAUGUUCUACGAGUUACCUCCUAUCAGUUGGUCAAAUAUUUCUUAUUACCAUCAACAGAUUCUUCCCCUUCUUAAAAGUCAUAAAGUAGUACAUCUGAAUAGAACUGAUGCUCGGCUUGCUAAUAAUGGUUUACCAUUCGAGAUUCAGAAGCUGCGCUGUAGAGUUAAUUUUCAUUCUCUGAGAUUCACUGGCCGGAUAGAGGAAUUGGGUCGAAAAGUUGUCAGGAUUCUGAGGCAAAAUGGUCCUUUCUUGGUCCUCCAUCUUAGAUAUGAAAUGGACAUGCUAUCAUUUUCUGGUUGCACUCGUGGGUGCAGCAACGAGGAGGUGGAUGAACUGACGAGAAUGAGAUAUGCUAAUCCUUGGUGGAAGGAGAAAGCCAUAGAUACUGAACUCAAAAGAAGAGAAGGUUUAUGCCCUUUGACACCUGAAGAAGCUGCUUUAGUACUAACUGCACUUGGCGUUGAUCAUAAUGUUCAAAUUUACAUAGCUGCUGGUGAAAUUUAUGGCCGAGAGAGGAGAUUGAGACCUUUGGCAGCAGCAUUUUGGAAUCUAGUUAGAAAGGAGAAAUUGUUAGAGCCUUCAGAGUUGCGGUUCUUCCAGAACCACUCAUCUCAGAUGGCAGCUCUCGAUUAUCUCGUCUCGUUGGAGAGUGAUGUCUUUGUUCCCACAUAUGAUGGGAAUAUGGCUAAAGUUGUUGAAGGACACCGCAGAUAUCUAGGUUUCAAGAAGACCAUCCUACUGGACAGAAAAGUUUUGGUCAAUUUGAUCGAUCAAUACGAAAAUGGAUUGUUGAGCUGGGAUGAGUUUUCAUCGACUAUAAAGGAAGUUCACGCAAACCGUACUGGGUGUCCAAAGAGUCGAGUUGUGAUUUCAGAUAAACCAAAGGUAGAAGAUUACUUUUACUCCAACCCACAAGAAUGUUUGCAGCCAAUGGAUGAAGCACUGAGAAGGUGGUGA